AUGUCCUCAGGACAGGAUCGCGGCCGACCGCUUGGAUCUGGUGCUGGAGCUAAGCGUAAAGCUGAAGAGGAUUAUUCCGACAACGCGCACACCAAGAAGUCUCGUCAGCGCAUCGAUAAGAUGACUGAGAAGCAGAAGGCACUUGAUCGCUCGAAGAAGUCGAUCAACCAGCAGAAAUCCCGCAAGCUUAAAGCCUUGAGGGCUAAAAGCUCCUACAUCAGUGCGUCUGCUGAUGAGCGCGCGGCCCUUGAGGCUAGGGAAAUCCAGCAAGUUGAUGCACGAUACUCCUAUAAUAUCGUCGAUGACGAUGAAGACGAGGCUUGGGAGGAUAUCCCUUUGAAUGAGAUUGAUGAGGCUACCCAGGAAAACCUGGAUGGAGUUGAGGGCAUGCUCAACUUUGACGUUGACCUUGAUAACCAGUUGCCGACCAUUAAUGUUGCUAAGCAGUCGAAUGCGAUUAUCGACAAGAUGAUCCAGGAAAACCAGAUCCGAGAAUACCAGUUCUUCCGUGAUACCUGGGAGAUGACUCUUGAGAUACUUUACAUCAAGGUCAAGCGGCUGAACAGCAAUCCUGCCUUUACCCUAGCUGCGAUGGAGGAUUAUGGCUUCAUUCGACCUGGCUUUAAAUUUCCAGUAGCUGGCGACAUCUUUACCAAAGAGGAAGUGCUUCUUUGGUUUGCACUCGCUAAGUACUGGCACCUGAACCGCUUGUCUAAGAAGAAGAAGAUACGCCUGGUUCUUAAUUCUUCUGUCAAGAAGAAGAAGACCCAAUUCGCACUCGCGCACCGCCCAGCCAUCAAGAUUCAAGGAUCUCUCUUCACUACAGCUCAGCGCCGAUAUGCCUCCACUCCAAAGCCUUCAGUGAAGGCUAUGUUCUCUGAGAUCAGUGACUCGAUGAUCAAGAAAGGUGUUUGGGAGCUUCUGGGCCCUGCUAAAGUUUGGGAAGAGUUUACUACUCUCGAUAAAACAGCCAACAUCUUAUCUGCGAUGGAUAAGAAGUUCUCAGCUAUACUAAAGCUGAUACUAUUCUUCCUGAAGCUUGACCUUGCUCGGGAUAAAGCGCUAUACAACUGGCGUCAGGUCCAUGAGUUGGCUUAG